AGUGUAGUAUAGCUUGGCACUAGCGACAAAUCGACAAAUGGCAUACGCACAAUAACAUGGAGUAAAUAAUCCAUUUUAAUAUGCAUUUUCAUGUAUGCUUUUUCUCACUGAUUCUGAAAGGGGAAAAAAGAAACAGUAUCACACCUGCAGGAUAAUAUGACAAUGGGAACUUUUUCUACAAUGGACUUCACAAACACUACUCUAGAGUCUACAACAUCACAGAGCAGCACAGAGGUAGGGGCAACUGUGAUGACAACUUUAUCAGAAACUUACAACACUUCAGUUGUAAUGACAACCACAACCGAAAACAACAUUACUACGGUGGCUGGAGAAUCCACAACAAGUGAUUUCUCUUCAACGGAGUCCAUUACAACAGUCUGUUCUGACACAUGUGAUGGACUAAGCGAUGGAAUUGUGAUUGCUGCUGUGGUUGGAGCUUUUGUACUUGUUAUAUGUACAAUAUCCUUGAUUAUAUAUACACAAAGAAGGCCGAGCAAACUGAAGUACCAACUACAACAGGAGAGUCAGACAAAAGAGUAUUUCAAGCAUACCCGGUCAGCAAUGUAUGAUGAAAUUGACCCAGAUAUAGAAAUAAAAAUCGUGUCCACGGGGGCAGAUGUUGUAGAAGAGAAAGUCAACGAACCAAAAAUGGAGGCCACAGUGGAGAAUAAUCCUUACGUUGAUUGUCCGGCAAACCUGUACGAUAAAACAUUCACCCCCAGACCCUGUGUGUAUGAACUACAGCGUAAUAUUUACCACACAGUUGACACGUGCAAAGAUCAAGAUGAUGGGGGCAACAUAAAGGCGACCUAAAAGGAUAACAUUUUGACAAUUUUUAUUUGAAUGACAAAGAUUCAAGUUAAAGUAAAUAAUUUUAUAAGAAAGUUAUUGGAGCAUUGUAGUUUUACACGUGUUUUUUUU